GCUCGCCGACCAAGGAAGGCACCAGGCGGCUACAAGAAGCUGUGCCUCCUCUUCUCUGCUCCCCUCACGCGACCACACCAGCGCCGGACGCGGACGCAGACACCUCCAUCGCCCACCAUGGCACUCAUCGAGACCAGCCUCAUUUGGGUGGCCUACGCCGUUUGCCUCGCCAUCAUCUUCUUCAUUUCCGCCAUCUUCGUCUUCGUCUACCAGAAACCGGGCGAACGCAGCGUCGCCGUAACCAUCAUAUGCUGGAUCACCGUUCUCGCACUGCUCGCAACCGUUCUGUUGAUGCCAGUGGAUGUGGCACUGGUCUCGUCCACAACAAGCAGGAAAUUGGGCAGGAAGAAGGAUUGGGCCACGCCCGACAAGGUGGAUGAUACGCUGUACACUCUGAAGAUUGUAUACUACACUCUGUACAGUCUGGACGCUGUGCUGUGUCUGCUUGUCGUCCCGUUCACCUAUUUCUACUACGAAGAGUACGACGAGGUUGCGACCGAGGAAGGGCAACAGACCAUCGGCAGCAGGCUGUGGGGUGCCUUCAAGUGGACAUUCGCGUUCCUCUUGUUCUGCGUGAUCCUCUUCCUCGUCGGCUUCUUCAUACCUGUUGCGAAGAAGGCAAGAGAUGAUAACAAAGACCUCGACUACUUCAAGGACCUGCUCACUGAAAAUCAUGGCGAACGCGCUCUCACAUUUGCUAUUGGUGUCCUGAUCCUCAUUGGCACCCUUCUCUAUUGUUUAUACACGGCACCAGGCCUGGCUCUGCUCCCAGUCUCGUUGAUCAAAUCCGCACCAAGCAUCUCUGCACCACAGCUUGCCGAGUCCACCGAGAGUCAACUUGCUCAAAAUCGGGAGCGUCAACGCCAAUUGGAGGGCCGCAGCGAAGGCCGUCAAGGUGGUCUGGAUGGCCGCGACCGACGUGAGCUGGAAGCUCUUGUUCGCGAGGAGCGCACUUUGGUUCGCCGCCAGCGCCUCGCCCAAGAGAAUGCUGGCACUGACCGCAACUGGAUCAUUAAGGUGUGGCUCAAGAUUGAGGCUAUAUUCCGUCCUCUGAAGCUCAUUCUCGGCUUGCUCUUGGUCGUCAUUGCGUUGAUCAUCUUCGCCAGCAUGCUCAUCACCAUGGUGGACAAGUUGAAGAACUCUGCCUGCGGUGUGUCGUGCGGCUACCUCCUUGGCAAGACGAAGAUCUUCCAACCCGUCAACGCGCUGCUUCGCGAGACAUCCAAGGUCUUCCCCAUCGACUACGUUAUUUUUCUCUUGCUCACCAUCCUCUUCUUCUCGGCAUCCGUUGUGGGGCUCGCCACCAUUGGUAUCCGCUUCCUAUGGGUCAUGCUCUUUAGGAUCCGCAAAGGCCAAACUACACCCAAUGCGAUGCUCAUGGCGACAGUGAUGUUGACGCUGAUGACCUUUGCCCUCAAUUACAGUCUGGCAAUGAUUGUUGCACCUCAGUACGUCACAUUCGGUCCGCAGACUUAUUGUGAUAGGCCGACUAGCAACCCAGACCUGCAGCCGGACUGCAGCAAGCACCACAAUGCCAUCAAGCCUUGCUCAGAAAGGUCGGACAACCCCGUCGCAAAGAUGGUCUGCACGCCUUCUGUUGUGUCGACAUUCAUCAACAGGAUCACUGCCAACUUCCCUUAUCUUGGUGCCGUAGAUUUUUACGCGCAAUUCGCCUUCUUGGGAAUAUUCAUCGUCGUGUUCCUGGUAACACUCUUCCGAGUUCCUCAACUUGACGAAGAAUUGAUGGACGAGGAUUUGCGCGAAGCAGAGGAGGAGGGACUGCUGGCCAGCACAGGGAGAAGAUUUGGAGCGACCUGGCAAGACAUCACAGGACGCGCUAAAGGUGUCAACAGAUCCGAUUAUGGCGCUGUGAGAGACAGUGAGCCAGUGGGUGAUGACUGAAUAUGGAAUGAACAGGACGUGAGGAUGUACUGAACUCCGAAGCAUAGAAUGACAUUGUGAACAUAGGCUUCGCAACUUCUAUUGGUUUGAUACCCUUUUGGCGUGCAUGUAUGGAGGGACAGUAUUGAAAUGUGCUACGACAGGUUACCUCAUCAGCAGACGCGUGCAUUGCUGCUUAUUUUUGUACUCUCGGGCAGGGACUGUAAGGUACGAUCUGCAUUUUCUUGGCG